AUGCUCGCGCCAGAGCCCCGCCUGUCUUCGCUGUCGUUCCCGAGGUUUGGACUACCCCUUGAAACCUCAUCAGAGGAUCAUACGCCUCCAACAUUGGAUGCGGAAAUGGUUCUGCGCGGCUUGGAUCCACUGCUUUUACUGGAUGAAGAGACGACUCAUGCGCAGCUCUCAAGCUGGUUCACUUCUAUUCGUACUUGGGACACCGUCUACUCGGAUAGACUCGUGAUGGAUGACUACUCCUCCUUCGAUUUGGACGGUUAUGUAAGGAAGGUCCGUGGCUGGCUGGCUGAGUGGGCACAAAUGGGAAGCAAUCCCUUCAUCCAUCAUCAGCUGUACAGCUUGAGGUUCCCGAGAAGCAUUCAAGAUGCGUAUAUGUGCGUUUCAUGCUUCCUGAACAAGACUCCGGCCAAUGAGCAGCUGGUUAUGCGUUUGGUAGAGGAGCGCUCCCAGGUAUUGCUAGAUGAGCAUGGUUUUGACCGAGGUCAGGGCAGUGGCCUUGACUUGAUGGACCAUAUCGCGCGGGUCCAGGCUCUGUUAGUCUACCAGUUCAUAGGCUUAUUUGAAGAUAAAGCCAGCUUGCGUCCAGUUGCUCAAAGUCGGAAUGACCUCCUACUGGCAUGGGCUAAAGAGAUGGUUUCAGCAGCGGCAACCACAGUUCCAUCCGGGGUGCGAGACAUCCUUACAUCCUCAGAACCCGGAAGGCAUUACGGCAAAGACUUGAUUCAAUUACUCUGGCACUCUUGGAUCGUUUCCGAGACUGUUCGCCGAACGUGGAAUGUCAUGGCUACUAUGCUCGGGAUGUUCAGCUUUGUCAAGCGUGGAAGGGAGGUCCCAUGCCAAGGCGGCAUGAUGUUCACCACCCGUAUUGGAGUAUGGGAAGCUAAAAGUGCUACCGAAUGGCUGGAGAUUUGCUCGUCCCAAUCAGUAGGGUUUAUGCAAGUUGCUGAGGCCCACGAGCUUAUAUACUCUGCAGACUGCAAACAAAUCAACGACAUUACAACAACGACACUAGAGCUGACAUAUGGGCGGGAAAGGGUGCAGCAAAGCAUGCAAUGCUUAAGGACUCAAGGAUUAGGCACUCCAGGGUUGGCGGAGGAAAGGAGAUAG